AUGGCGGAUAGCGAUGAUGAUAGUGUAGCGUCCUUUAAGACGGCUAAGGAGAUCAGCCCGUCGCGUGGGAAAACAAUUUUUCCUCUAAUGAGCCACGAGUUGAGCUCGCUAGAAAGGAAGCUUAAUCGAAUCGUUUACAUACAGCAGGCAGACGCGGCUUAUCACAAAGCACUUAACGAUAUGCGAGAUCAGUUGAGCAUAUCAGUGAUUGCGGAGCCUAGUUUAUAUGGACGCCACAGACCCGUAGCGGUGCUAGUGGUGGCCACGGCCAAUCAGACAUAUGUGUUCGAUAUCCAGGCACUGGGCGCCUUUUUUCCCGAGUUGAAAAAGCUGCUGGAGGCUAAAUAUCCGAGAAAAGUGGUGCACUAUAGUCUUCGUAUUACCGAUCAGCUGUUCUAUAAGUACCAAAUUAAACUGACUGGAUUGAGCGACACAUUUGUGGCUCUGUGCGUAGCCCGGCAAGAUAAAAGUGCCUGCUCAUUGCCAGAAGCGAUUUCGUCAGUGCUUAAUAUUCCUCUAAGGGAACUGCUCUGCGACGAGGUCACCGGGGUAAGUGAGUCUCGCCAACUUUUCACAGCACGCCCGUUGAGCGGGGACCAGUUUCGUUUUCUGGCCAGGAUGGCCAUACUGCAGCACCAAAUGCACGACCGGCUGACCUUUGGCCACAUUUGUGCAGGGAUGCAACGCAUGUCUGCUACAUUUAGUCAAAGCUUCUGCCGUUACCGAAAUGGGUACGAUGUGGCACCUUAUAUGGGUCCCAAAAGUCGAUUUGGCUUCCAAUACAUCGAUGCGUACUACAAUUCAGCCGUAGGCUCUCUGCCGGUGGCCUAUGAAAGUGAUCAUGCAGAAAUAUAA